UGUAAACCUAACCAAGCAAGCACUUUCUUUGCCAAGUAAAUAUACUUGUUCACCGAAAAAAAUAAAAAAUGUUUGGUGGUUUAAAGAGCUUUUUAAAAGAAACAUCUGAAACAUUAACAGGAAUUCAUCUUGAUUCCUCAGAAAACUAUGGGUUUCGAGUCUUAAAAAUCCAGGACAACUCCAAAGCUGCUGAUGCAGGAAUUGAGUCAUAUUAUGACUUUAUCACAGCUAUUAAUGGGAUAUUACUGAAUGGGGAUCCACUUAUGUUUUGUUCUUUAUUACGGGAUUCUUCUCCUGAAGCAACCCUUGAAGUCUUCUCACUGAAAGGACAAAUAACUAGAAAGGUUCAAAUUGAUGUUUCAAAUGUUGACGAUGAUAAAUUAGGAAUGACACUGCAAUGGGCAUCCAUUCAUUUAGCAGUAGAUGCUGUAUGGCACAUACUUAAUGUGAUUGAGAAUUCUCCUAUUGCGCAAGCCAAAGUCAUUCCUUAUCAAGAUUAUAUAGUGGGCACUCCCGAAGGAAUGAUGAUGGGCGAAAAAGCGUUAGCUGAUUUGAUUGAGACGCAUCUUAAUCGACCGCUACGUCUAUACAUUUAUAAUCAAUAUCAAGACACCACUCGUCAAAUUACUAUUGUACCGAAUAGAAAUUGGGGCGGAGAUGGCGCUAUUGGCUGUGGUGUUGGGCAUGGUGCUUUGCAUCGUUUGCCGGCUUCUCUUUCAGGACCUCCUCCUCAACCAGGCGAUGUAGCCUUUUCUAAUCCUUUAUUACAACCAGCGGAUUACCCUGAGACUGUGACACACAGUGAAGAGACGGCGAAUGCCUUUCCUUCUCCUCCCACUUUGCAAAAUGAUCCCUCUCCAAAAGCUAAUUUAGAAGGCGAAAUACCUAUUCCUCAUUAUCAGAGACAUAAAAAGCACGGCCGCAAUGCUAUUCAGGAUUCCGCAAUUCAAAGCUACCUUGAAGAAGAGGAAUUGCUCAGUAAACAGUUAGAUCAUAAAGUUCAUAAUCCUGUGAUGGAUGCAAAUGCGUCUAAUACACUUCCCCCUCCACCUUCUGCUGCAGAUCAGAGCUCAAACGAAUAAAAAGGAUUGAUGACCCCACUCAAUAACUAUAUGUUUAUUCGCCCAAAAUAAAAAUUAGAAUAUAUAUUGUUUAGAAUAAUUGUUUAGAAUAAUCAAUGACCCC